AUGGUUUCUACAGUUUUCAAACUACUUGAACUGUUGGCGUUUGCGUUUUAUGGUCAGAAAUUGGUUCCAGAAAUUGUUCGAACAAUUGAAAAAGAUCCAGAAUUGAAUAAUAAUUUAUUUUUGAAGAGUUUUGCAAAUUUUAUGAAACAAAAUUCAGAUGUUUUCAUCAUUCAUAUGAUAAUUGAUUCAACAAUUCAUAUUAUUGCUUGCUUACUUUGUAUUUAUGGAACGUAUAAGCUCAAGAAAUGGUUUUUAAUACCAUAUAUUAUAACACAAUGCUUUUUCACAAUAAGAGCAUUAUUUAUUCAUAUAACAGCAAUGCUUAUUAUUAAGAAAAGUGUUAAUUUAGGUAUUCUAAUUGGUUUAACAAUUAUAGGGGGUUUUACAGUUCUAUUAUUGGGUUAUCAAUGGAGUGGUGCUGUUGGAAUGUAUCAAAUAAUUAAUUUAGUUAAAUCAUCAAAAUAUAAAGCAUUCUAUGGUAAUAAUCCAUUUCAUCCAAUUGAUUUAUUAAUAUCAUCAUCAGAUAAAGAUUUAAACAAAAAAUUUUUAAUGAAAAUAUGA